AUGCAACCGCCGUCGUCAUCGUCACCGCAGCGGGGCGACGGUCUACAGAAAACGGUGUGCGCACAACGUGGUCAUGAUGCGGCUUUGCCUGUGGCUACGGGUCAUCUAAGCGAUUCAUCGAUGCAUGUAGCGCGAGCAACGGGGGCAGCAGAAACAGCUACGCCAUCGACAUCGAGGGUGCUAGUAGAGCCUUCUCGACCUCGAGGACCGAAGCGACAGGCACCGGCAACCUGCCAGUGCCUUCAGCUACGCUGUGGCGUGGACACGCUGCCUGCUAUUGGCCGCCUUGAGGUUGCGCGCCGUGUGACCAGCACGGACUGGUUUCGUCCCCUGCGUGCCCUGCAGCGGCAACGGCAGACGGCGGCAGAGGCAUACACCCCCUUUACCAUCGCUGCUGCAGAAGCCGAGGAUGCCCCGCGAUCUAGACUUCCGCUCGACACGAUCCCACUGGACUUGAGUUGCCGUGAAACGAAAUGCGCAGACGACCUCAGCGCUUCGCGGCUGUCCUCUGCCAAGGCGCAUCGAGACGUCGACGCGGUGAUGCCCACGCAGAAUCGCCUCUCUGAUACUGCUUGCCUUCACCGGAAGUUCUUCGUCGCCACAGAACCACCGCCGCGAAGUCUCCUCACUCAUGAGCCUCGAUCGAGACUCUCUCAGGGUGGCGGUUCGUGUUUCUCGCCUACAUUCCCCACCACCUCGCGUUGUGGCUCUACCGUGCACACGGGGGCCAAGGAUGGAGUGGCUGAUACGCUGGCUGUAAAGGUCGAUGCGGUGACCGCAGCGCGGGCAACCCCUGCACACAUGCCGGCGCUGGAGACCACUUCGGACUCGGAUGAGCACCUACGCAGCAUCUCUCGGCAGUACGCGCGACUCGACCGUGUGCUUAGAGGGUACAGCACCCCAGACAACGACGACAUCGUAGCUUCUUACGUGACGCUGGAGAAGACACCGGCGGCGCGGCCACACGAGCUAGCGUCAUCUUGCCUCUACCCACAACAGCCCCCCUCCACCAGCGUUGUGAGGCUCGUCUUACAGCCGUCGGCUUCGCUUUCACGGCGCUCCUCUCUCUCCCUUGGGGCCCCAUUCACCUCCUUUCAUAUCACGCCUGCCGUGCAGCUCACGCGCCUUUCGGAGACACAGGCACAACGACUGCCCUCCUUCGUCUCUCUGACGGCCGCCACGUCCGGUGCAGCCACCGCACCGCUGGCAGGUGCAAACAACAGCCUCCACCACUUCCGCGCCAGACCUCCUCUGCCGCAGCACCCCCACCACUUGCACAGCGCAAGCUCUCAAGAGCUCCCUAACAGCCACUCUGGACACCACCGCCCCUCCACCAGAACACCACCAUACACCCACAGAUAUGGCGCACGCUUUCCGGGUCACUGUGCAUGCAUGAUGAAGAGGCACUUACACAACCUCAUCCACCACGAGCAGCAGCAGCGCACACACAUCACCACCGAUUCCCAUCGUGCCCUCAGCACCGUACACGGCUUGCACAAACAGUACUGUGCCUACACCUCUGACGCUCCCCGUGGCCAGCGAUUGACCUUCACGACAGCGGUCAACCUAGACGACACCUCGCGACUCUUUCCCAUUUAUCCAUCGCACAAACCAGACAGCACGUGCACCCACACCCAUCCCGAUCACCAGUCGAACUACUUCACCGCCGCAAACCUCAGGUACAACCCCGACACCGCCACACACGCUGCUGCUCCGCAGGAGGCGUACGAGGGCGUGGAGGAGACUGCCCACGCUGCCGCUCCGCAGGAGGCGUACGAGGGCGUGGACGCGACUGCCCACGCUGCCGCUCCGCAGGAGGCGUACGAAAGCGUGGAGGAGACUGCCCACGCUGCCGCUCCGCAGGAGGCGUACGAGGGCGUGGAGGAGACUGCCCACGCUGCCGCUCCGCAGGAGGCGUACGAGGGCGUGGAGGAGACUGCCCACGCUGCUGCUCCGCAGGAGGCGUACGAGGCCGUGGAGGAGACUGCCCACGCUGCUGCUCCGCAGGAGGCGUACGAGGGCGUGGAGGAGACUGCCCACGCUGCCGCUCCGCAGGAGGCGUACGAGGGCGUGGACGCGACUGCCCACGCUGCCGCUCCGCAGGAGGCGUACGAGGGCGUGGAGGAGACUGCCCACGCUGCCGCUCCGCAGGAGGCGUACGAGGGCGUGGAGGAGACUGCCCACGCUGCUGCUCCGCAGGAGGCGUACGAGGCCGUGGAGGAGACUGCCCACGCUGCUGCUCCGCAGGAGGCGUACGAGGGCGUGGAGGAGACUGCCCACGCUGCUGCUCCGCAGGAGGCGUACGAGGGCGUGGAGGAGACUGCCCACGCUGCCGCUCCGCAGGAGGCGUACGAAACCGUGGAGGAGACUGCCCACGCUGCUGCUCCGCAGGAGGCGUACGAGGGCGUGGAGGAGACUGCCCACGCUGCCGCUCCGCAGGAGGCGUACGAGGCCGUGGAGGAGAAAGCCCACGCUGCCGCUCCGCAGGAGGCGUACGAGGGCGUGGAGGAGACUGCCCACGCUGCCGCUCCGCAGGAGGCGUACGAGGCCGUGGAGGAGACUGCCCACGCUGCUGCUCCGCAGGAGGCGUACGAGGCCGUGGAGGAGACUGCCCACGCUGCCGCUCCGCAGGAGGCGUACGAGGGCGUGGAGGAGACAGCCCACGCUGCUGCUCCGCAGGAGGCGUACGAGGGCGUGGAGGAGACUGCCCACGCUGCCGCUCCGCAGGAGGCGUACGAGGGCGUGGAGGAGACAGCCCACGCUGCUGCUCCGCAGGAGGCGUACGAGGGCGUGGAGGAGACUGCCCACGCUGCUGCUCCGCAGGAGGCGUACGAGGCCGUGGAGGAGACUGCCCACGCUGCCGCUCCGCAGGAGGCGUACGAGGGCGUGGAGGAGACUGCCCACGCUGCUGCUCCGCAGGAGGCGUACGAGGGCGUGGAGGAGACUGCCCACGCUGCUGCUCCGCAGGAGGCGUACGAGGGCGUGGAGGAGACUGCCCACGCUGCCGCUCCGCAGGAGGCGUACGAGGGCGUGGAGGAGACUGCCCACGCUGCCGCUCCGCAGGAGGCGUACGAGGGCGUGGAGGAGACUGCCCACGCUGCUGCUCCGCAGGAGGCGUACGAGGGCGUGGACGAGACUGCCCACGCUGCCGCUCCGCAGGAGGCGUACGAGGGCGUGGACGCGACUGCCCACGCUGCCGCUCCGCAGGAGGCGUACGAGGGCGUGGACGCGACUGCCCACGCUGCCGCUCCGCAGGAGGCGUACGAGGGCGUGGACGAGACUGCCCACGCUGCCGCUCCGCAGGAGGCGUACGAGGGCGUGGACGCGACUGCCCACGCUGCCGCUCCGCAGGAGGCGUACGAGGGCGUGGACGCGACUGCCCACGCUGCCGCUCCGCAGGAGGCGUACGAGGGCGUGGAGGAGACUGCCCACGCUGCUGCUCCGCAGGAGGCGUACGAGGGCGUGGAGGAGACUGCCCACGCUGCCGCUCCGCAGGAGGCGUACGAGGGCGUGGAGGAGACUGCCCACGCUGCCGCUCCGCAGGAGGCGUACGAGGGCGUGGACGAGACUGCCCACGCUGCCGCUCCGCAGGAGGCGUACGAGGGCGUGGACGAGAAAGCCCACGCUGCCGCUCCGCAGGAGGCGUACGAGGGCGUGGACGCGACUGCCCACGCUGCCGCUCCGCAGGAGGCGUACGAGGGCGUGGACGAGACUGCCCACGCUGCCGCUCCGCAGGAGGCGUACGAGGGCGUGGACGCGACUGCCCACGCUGCCGCUCCGCAGGAGGCGUACGAGGGCGUGGACGAGACUGCCCACGCUGCCGCUCCGCAGGAGGCGUACGAGGGCGUGGACGAGACUGCCCACGCUGCCGCUCCGCAGGAGGCGUACGAGGGCGUGGACGCGACUGCCCACGCUGCCGCUCCGCAGGAGGCGUACGAGGGCGUGGACGCGACUGCCCACGCUGCCGCUCCGCAGGAGGCGUACGAGGGCGUGGACGCGACUGCCCACGCUGCCGCUCCGCAGGAGGCGUACGAGGGCGUGGACGAGAAAGCCCACGCUGCCGCUCCGCAGGAGGCGUACGAGGGCGUGGACGAGACUGCCCACGCUGCCGCUCCGCAGGAGGCGUACGAGGGCGUGGACGAGACUGCCCACGCUGCCGCUCCGCAGGAGGCGUACGAGGGCGUGGACGAGACUGCCCACGCUGCUGCUCCGCAGGAGGCGUACGAGGGCGUGGACGAGACUGCCCACGCUGCCGCUCCGCAGGAGGCGUACGAGGCCGUGGAGGAGACUGCCCACGCUGCCGCUCCGCAGGAGGCGUACGAGGGCGUGGAGGAGACUGCCCACGCUGCCGCUCCGCAGGAGGCGUACGAGGGCGUGGACGAGACUGCCCACGCUGCCGCUCCGCAGGAGGCGUACGAGGGCGUGGACGAGACUGCCCACGCUGCCGCUCCGCAGGAGGCGUACGAGGGCGUGGACGCGACUGCCCACGCUGCCGCUCCGCAGGAGGCGUACGAGGGCGUGGACGCGACUGCCCACGCUGCCGCUCCGCAGGAGGCGUACGAGGGCGUGGACGCGACUGCCCACGCUGCCGCUCCGCAGGAGGCGUACGAGGGCGUGGACGAGAAAGCCCACGCUGCCGCUCCGCAGGAGGCGUACGAGGGCGUGGACGAGAAAGCCCACGCUGCCGCUCCGCAGGAGGCGUACGAGGGCGUGGAGGAGACAGCCCACGCUGCUGCUCCGCAGGAGGCGUACGAGGGCGUGGAGGAGACUGCCCACGCUGCCGCUCCGCAGGAGGCGUACGAGGGCGUGGAGGAGACUGCCCACGCUGCCGCUCCGCAGGAGGCGUACGAGGGCGUGGAGGAGACUGCCCACGCUGCCGCUCCGCAGGAGGCGUACGAGGGCGUGGACGAGAAAGCCCACGCUGCCGCUCCGCAGGAGGCGUACGAGGGCGUGGAGGAGACUGCCCACGCUGCUGCUCCGCAGGAGGCGUACGAGGGCGUGGACGCGACUGCCCACGCUGCUGCUCCGCAGGAGGCGUACGAGGGCGUGGACGCGACUGCCCACGCUGCCGCUCCGCAGGAGGCGUACGAGGGCGUGGACGAGAAAGCCCACGCUGCCGCUCCGCAGGAGGCGUACGAGGGCGUGGAGGAGACUGCCCACGCUGCUGCUCCGCAGGAGGCGUACGAGGGCGUGGACGCGACUGCCCACGCUGCCGCUCCGCAGGAGGCGUACGAGGGCGUGGACGCGACUGCCCACGCUGCCGCUCCGCAGGAGGCGUACGAGGGCGUGGACGCGACUGCCCACGCUGCCGCUCCGCAGGAGGCGUACGAGGGCGUGGACGCGACUGCCCACGCUGCCGCUCCGCAGGAGGCGUACGAGGGCGUGGAGGAGACUGCCCACGCUGCCGCUCCGCAGGAGGCGUACGAGGGCGUGGAGGAGACUGCCCACGCUGCUGCUCCGCAGGAGGCGUACGAGGGCGUGGACGCGACUGCCCACGCUGCUGCUCCGCAGGAGGCGUACGAGGGCGUGGAGGAGACUGCCCACGCUGCCGCUCCGCAGGAGGCGUACGAGGGCGUGGACGAGACUGCCCACGCUGCCGCUCCGCAGGAGGCGUACGAGGGCGUGGACGAGAAAGCCCACGCUGCUGCUCCGCAGGAGGCGUACGAGGGCGUGGACGCGACUGCCCACGCUGCUGCUCCGCAGGAGGCGUACGAGGGCGUGGACGCGACUGCCCACGCUGCUGCUCCGCAGGAGGCGUACGAGGGCGUGGACGCGACUGCCCACGCUGCUGCUCCGCAGGAGGCGUACGAGGGCGUGGACGCGACUGCCCACGCUGCCGCUCCGCAGGAGGCGUACGAGGGCGUGGACGAGACUGCCCACGCUGCCGCUCCGCAGGAGGCGUACGAGGGCGUGGACGCGACUGCCCACGCUGCUGCUCCGCAGGAGGCGUACGAGGGCGUGGACGCGACUGCCCACGCUGCCGCUCCGCAGGAGGCGUACGAGGGCGUGGACGCGACUGCCCACGCUGCCGCUCCGCAGGAGGCGUACGAGGGCGUGGACGAGAAAGCCCACGCUGCCGCUCCGCAGGAGGCGUACGAGGGCGUGGACGAGAAAGCCCACGCUGCCGCUCCGCAGGAGGCGUACGAGGGCGUGGAGGAGACUGCCCACGCUGCUGCUCCGCAGGAGGCGUACGAGGGCGUGGACGCGACUGCCCACGCUGCCGCUCCGCAGGAGGCGUACGAGGGCGUGGACGCGACUGCCCACGCUGCCGCUCCGCAGGAGGCGUACGAGGGCGUGGAGGAGACUGCCCACGCUGCCGCUCCGCAGGAGGCGUACGAGGGCGUGGAGGAGACUGCCCACGCUGCUGCUCCGCAGGAGGCGUACGAGGGCGUGGACGAGAAAGCCCACGCUGCCGCUCCGCAGGAGGCGUACGAGGGCGUGGACGCGACUGCCCACGCUGCCGCUCCGCAGGAGGCGUACGAGGGCGUGGAGGAGACUGCCCACGCUGCCACUCCGCAGGAGGCGUACGAGGGCGUGGAGGAGAAAGCCCACGCUGCCGCUCCGCAGGAGGCGUACGAGGGCGUGGAGGAGACUGCCCACGCUGCCGCUCCGCAGGAGGCGUACGAGGGCGUGGAGGAGACUGCCCACGCUGCCGCUCCGCAGGAGGCGUACGAGGCCGUGGAGGAGACUGCCCACGCUGCCGCUCCGCAGGAGGCGUACGAGGGCGUGGACGAGAAAGCCCACGCUGCCGCUCCGCAGGAGGCGUACGAGGGCGUGGACGCGACUGCCCAUGCUGCCGCUCCGCAGGAGGCGUACGAGGGCGUGGAGGAGACUGCCCACGCUGCUGCUCCGCAGGAGGCGUACGAGGGCGUGGACGAGAAAGCCCACGCUGCCGCUCCGCAGGAGGCGUACGAGGGCGUGGACGAGAAAGCCCACGCUGCCGCUCCGCAGGAGGCGUACGAGGGCGUGGAGGAGACUGCCCACGCUGCCGCUCCGCAGGAGGCGUACGAGGGCGUGGACGCGACUGCCCACGCUGCCGCUCCGCAGAAGGCGUACGAGGGCGUGGACGAGAAAGCCCACGCUGCCGCUCCGCAGGAGGCGUACGAGGGCGUGGACGAGAAAGCCCACGCUGCCGCUCCGCAGGAGGCGUACGAGGGCGUGGAGGAGACUGCCCACGCUGCUGCUCCGCAGGAGGCGUACGAGGGCGUGGACGAGAAAGCCCACGCUGCCGCUCCGCAGGAGGCGUACGAGGGCGUGGAGGAGACUGCCCACGCUGCUGCUCCGCAGGAGGCGUACGAGGGCGUGGACGAGAAAGCCCACGCUGCCGCUCCGCAGGAGGCGUACGAGGGCGUGGACGCGACUGCCCACGCUGCCGCUCCGCAGGAGGCGUACGAGGGCGUGGACGAGAAAGCCCACGCUGCCGCUCCGCAGGAGGCGUACGAGGCCGUGGAGGAGACUGCCCACGCUACCGCUCCGCAGGAGGCGUACGAGGGCGUGGAGGAGACUGCCCACGCUGCCGCUCCGCAGGAGGCGUACGAGGGCGUGGACGAGACUGCCCACGCUGCCGCUCCGCAGGAGGCGUACGAGGGCGUGGAGCGAUUGACCUUCACGACAGCGGUCAACCUAGACGACACCUCGCGACUCUUUCCCAUUUAUCCAUCGCACAAACCAGACAGCACGUGCACCCACACCCAUCCCGAUCACCAGUCGAACUACUUCACCGCCGCAAACCUCAGGUACAACCCCGACACCGCCACCCACGCUGCUGCUCCGCAGGAGGCGUACGAGGGCGUGGAGGAGACUGCCCACGCUGCCGCUCCGCAGGAGGCGUACGAGGGCGUGGACGCGACUGCCCACGCUGCCGCUCCGCAGGAGGCGUACGAAAGCGUGGAGGAGACUGCCCACGCUGCCGCUCCGCAGGAGGCGUACGAGGGCGUGGAGGAGACUGCCCACGCUGCCGCUCCGCAGGAGGCGUACGAGGGCGUGGAGGAGACUGCCCACGCUGCUGCUCCGCAGGAGGCGUACGAGGGCGUGGAGGAGACUGCCCACGCUGCCGCUCCGCAGGAGGCGUACGAGGGCGUGGAGGAGACUGCCCACGCUGCCGCUCCGCAGGAGGCGUACGAGGGCGUGGAGGAGACUGCCCACGCUGCCGCUCCGCAGGAGGCGUACGAGGCCGUGGAGGAGACUGCCCACGCUGCCGCUCCGCAGGAGGCGUACGAGGGCGUGGACGAGACUGCCCACGCUGCCGCUCCGCAGGAGGCGUACGAGGGCGUGGACGCGACUGCCCACGCUGCCGCUCCGCAGGAGGCGUACGAGGGCGUGGACGCGACUGCCCACGCUGCCGCUCCGCAGGAGGCGUACGAGGGCGUGGAGGAGACUGCCCACGCUGCUGCUCCGCAGGAGGCGUACGAGGGCGUGGACGAGACUGCCCACGCUGCCGCUCCGCAGGAGGCGUACGAGGGCGUGGAGGAGACUGCCCACGCUGCUGCUCCGCAGGAGGCGUACGAGGCCGUGGAGGAGACUGCCCACGCUGCCGCUCCGCAGGAGGCGUACGAGGGCGUGGACGCGACUGCCCACGCUGCCGCUCCGCAGGAGGCGUACGAGGGCGUGGAGGAGACUGCCCACGCUGCCGCUCCGCAGGAGGCGUACGAGGGCGUGGAGGAGACUGCCCACGCUGCCGCUCCGCAGGAGGCGUACGAGGGCGUGGACGCGACUGCCCACGCUGCCGCUCCGCAGGAGGCGUACGAGGGCGUGGAGGAGACUGCCCACGCUGCUGCUCCGCAGGAGGCGUACGAGGGCGUGGACGCGACUGCCCACGCUGCCGCUCCGCAGGAGGCGUACGAGGGCGUGGAGGAGACUGCCCACGCUGCCGCUCCGCAGGAGGCGUACGAGGGCGUGGACGAGACUGCCCACGCUGCCGCUCCGCAGGAGGCGUACGAGGGCGUGGAGGAGACUGCCCACGCUGCUGCUCCGCAGGAGGCGUACGAGGGCGUGGACGCGACUGCCCACGCUGCCGCUCCGCAGGAGGCGUACGAGGGCGUGGAGGAGACUGCCCACGCUGCCGCUCCGCAGGAGGCGUACGAGGGCGUGGAGGAGACUGCCCACGCUGCCGCUCCGCAGGAGGCGUACGAGGGCGUGGAGGAGACUGCCCACGCUGCUGCUCCGCAGGAGGCGUACGAGGGCGUGGACGAGACUGCCCACGCUGCCGCUCCGCAGGAGGCGUACGAGGGCGUGGACGAGAAAGCCCACGCUGCCGCUCCGCAGGAGGCGUACGAGGGCGUGGACGCGACUGCCCACGCUGCCGCUCCGCAGGAGGCGUACGAGGGCGUGGAGGAGACUGCCCACGCUGCCGCUCCGCAGGAGGCGUACGAGGGCGUGGACGAGAAAGCCCACGCUGCCGCUCCGCAGGAGGCGUACGAGGGCGUGGACGAGACUGCCCACGCUGCCGCUCCGCAGGAGGCGUACGAGGGCGUGGAGGAGACUGCCCACGCUGCCGCUCCGCAGGAGGUGUACGAGGGCGUGGACGAGAAAGCCCACGCUGCCGCUCCGCAGGAGGCGUACGAGGGCGUGGACGAGAAAGCCCACGCUGCCGCUCCGCAGAAGGUGUACGAGGGCGUGGACGAGAAAGCCCACGCUGCCGCUCCGCAGGAGGCGUACGAGGGCGUGGACGCGACUGCCCACGCUGCCGCUCCGCAGGAGGCGUACGAGGGCGUGGACGCGACUGCCCACGCUGCCGCUCCGCAGGAGGCGUACGAGGGCGUGGAGGAGACUGCCCACGCUGCUGCUCCGCAGGAGGCGUACGAGGGCGUGGAGGAGACUGCCCACGCUGCCGCUCCGCAGGAGGCGUACGAGGGCGUGGAGGAGACUGCCCACGCUGCUGCUCCGCAGGAGGCGUACGAGGCCGUGGAGGAGACUGCCCACGCUACCGCUCCGCAGGAGGCGUACGAGGGCGUGGAGGAGACUGCCCACGCUGCCGCUCCGCAGGAGGCGUACGAGGGCGUGGAGGAGACUGCCCACGCUGCCGCUCCGCAGGAGGCGUACGAGGGCGUGGACGAGACUGCCCACGCUGCUGCUCCGCAGGAGGCGUACGAGGGCGUGGACGAGACUGCCCACGCUGCCGCUCCGCAGGAGGCGUUGGAACAGUCUCUUGAUGUUGUUGACAGCGGGGUUUUUGUUGGUUUUGGUGCGCAUGUGUAUGAUGAUGACGAUUUCAUGAUGACGACUGAUUCAAGUGGGAGGGGGGAAAGUGGCAGUGGUAUGGAAGAUGGGGUGCUGAGGAAGGGCUAUCGGUGCGGCGUACCGGAGGUGACGGUGAAUGAAUGGGGCAGUGUGGCAGGGGUGUGUGCUGCGUUUCCCGAUUUGACGUGUGACGUGUGCGCGGGUGAGAGUGGCGUCGGGGAGGUUUUCACGAAUGUUUGCGGAUUGUGGCGGGCAGUGGUGACGAGUAGCGAGCACGUGUUGAGGGGUCCUAACUGGCGUCAGCACUUGAUGUUGUGUGCUCCACGGAUACGCGAGCUGGUCGUUGCGGAUGUGAGUGCUACGCUGGACUGUUCUGUGGCCUGUGUACGCAAUGUGCGGCUUUACGCCGCCGGUGCUGCCGCGGAAAGUUUUGGGGAGGCCGCACGUGACAGAGUGGAGGUGGACAUACUGCGCAUUGAACUGGACGUUAUCCAAGAGGCUACAGUGGCGCUGCACCCGCUAGGUGGGGUGCAGUUCCUGCUUGACGGCUGCAGUUUUCCUUAUCUUCAACAGUGGCGGCGUAGUCGCGACGAGUUGAAGUGUAUGGGUGAGGGUGGGUCACAAGGCGCGCUUUCUUCGCUCUCGAAAGUGGCGGCGCUAUGCACCAACAUGGAAGGCGACGUGAGGACUGGCGGGGCGCGGGGGGCUGAGCUGCAGCUGUGGGCGUACUCCACCAAGGGCGUGGCGGCGAGAUCCAGGGGCUGCUCUGUUGUGAAACGACUUCCAUUGCCAUCAGAGCGAGUGGUCUACCAGCCGGAGCGGCGAAGCAGCAGCGAGGGCAGCCUGGGCUCGCUCACACAUCUGGAGCAAGAGAAGGUUCUGUCUGGUUCGACAUACGGUGCUUCAUCAGGCAGGUUGGCUGAAUGGGUUGUGCGGCGCGAAGUCCACGCGUGCAAACCCCCUGCGUCAGUGCAGUCCGCACCAGGACUACUAUCGAUGCAGCCGGUGCGGUCUAUGCCUUUGCAGAUGGCGACACCGUCCGGUAUUGAGGAAAUCAUAAAGCAGGAGAAGGAGAAGGCGUGCAACUUGAUAGCCCCCCGUCCCUUGGCGACCUUGCCCACAGUGCCUGCAGAGACACCCGCGAUGACGUCGCAGCCCAGUGAGAUGGCAGGCGUGCCGAAGGAGGCAGUGCAGAAGGCAAAGUCAAGGACCUCCUUUUCUUCUUGGAAGCGGAAGCACACGUGA